ACAGAAAAUGUUUUUACAGAUAAUGACCCCACCCCCCAUUGCGUGUGUGUUUUUUUUUUAUUUUUACAUGACUCCACCCAUCCACGUUCUUUACAGUGAUACAAAUAGAUUUCACUUGCUACCACUAUUUACUAAACUGUGCUCCUUAACAUAAGUCCGGUCAGACCUCCAAUGAACUUUAAACAAGAUCAAUCGGCGCCAAUGGUUUUGAGCAAUUAAGAAGUUGUGCAUUUUCGUGGGAAUGCUGUAUUGAGCAUAACUUGCUUCUAUCUGUAAAACAUCACAAACCUUCAUGUAGGACUUCUCAACAGUCAGGCAGAAUGAACACCACCAUCCCAAACUGCGGGAUCAAUUUCAAACGAGGCAGCGAUCCUCUGAUGGCCAUCUACAUUGUAGUCUUUGUCAUCAGCCUGAUAGUCAACUUGAUCACCCUGGGACCUAUCAUCCAGCAGGUACGUCGCCAUAAUGUCAUUGGGAUCUACCUGCUGAACCUGUCCAUCUCAGAUCUCCUGUAUACCUUGACCAUGCCUCUCUGGAUCCACUACUAUCACAAUGACCAUGUAUGGACACUGGGGAGGCCUGCCUGUUUGAUUGCAGGCUUCCUCUUCUAUUCCAACAUGUACGUCAGCAUUGGUCUGCUCUGCUGCAUCUCUGUAGACCGCUGCUUGGCUGUCAGAUAUCCUCUUCAUGCGAAAGUCUUUCGGAAGUGCAGGUACGCUUGCAUUUUAAGUGCUGUAGUCGUCCUGGCUGUGAUGGGGACUCACGCUGUAGCUGCGUUGCUUGAUGAUGAUUUCGAAUUCCAGGAAGGAUGCUACGAGAGCUACCCCCUCACGGUCCACGUGGCCCGCGUGAACUUCAUCCGGGUGGCUUUUGGUUUUUUCAUACCUCUGCUUCUCCUCACGUUCUGCUACUUCAAGAUGUUCCAGGGUGUGCAGAAAAGCAUCAGUGUGGAGGACCGGGGGAAACGCAAAGUGAAGCUGCUCUCCAUCGCAGUCAUCAUCAUCUUCGCUUUCUGCUUCACUCCGUACCACGUCAUCCUGUUACUGAGGACUGUUGUGUUCUACCAGGAUCAGGCCAACUCCUGUCCCUUCGAGAUUCAGGUCUACCAAUACUUCACAGUGUCUCUGGCCAUGUCCAUCCUCAACAGUGUGGUGGACCCUAUACUCUAUGUACUGGUCAGCAACGGCGUGAAGGAGGACAUGAAAAAUAUGGCCAGGUUUCCUUUCAGAAGGAAACGACAAGAGAGCAGAACCUUCUCCACUGUAAACACCAUACUGUCACGCAACUGACCUUACAACAGGGCUGCAGAGAAACAGUCGCAUUUAGGUUCUGUAUAUUUGUGCCAGUUUAGCAAUCAUGAUGCUCCACCGUUCUCUUCCUCUUCCUGAAGAGUUUUUCUGCUCUGCCUAAAUGUGAAAAGUGAUCUCCGAUAUAAGGAAGUGCAAUCUGGCCAUAUUUUUCAUGUCCUCCAUCUCUCUGUCACUGAUCAACACUUAUUACAGUAGAACCAGAGAGUUAUGAAUACCUUGGGAAUGGAGAGUCUUAAGUCUGAAAUGUCCAUAAGUGAGUUUUCAAUGGUUUUUCAAUGUGUACACCUAGUGCCUCGAGCUGGUGAAUAAUACAAGGAUACAGCACACUAAUGCAAUGCUCAUAUUAGUAAGGUUCUAAAGACAUUAAAGAGUUAGUAUAAAUGGAAAAAGACUACAUUUUAAAAUUGUAAGUAGCAAAAACACAGAUUUCAAAUGCCCAGGAAAACCUGGGUUAACAUAGUGCGUGUAUUACAUUUUUUUUCAAACAAAAUGCAUUCAUGCAGCUUGCUUAGUCAUUCAGCCUCUAUUGGAUUGAAUAAAAAGAGGGGGUCAGUUUAAAACUAAAAUGCUCCUAGUAAAAAUGUUGUUUGUAUAGUAAUCUUGUCUUCUUUAUCACCAGCACGCCGCUUAUGAAAGCACAUAUCUGAUUGCAUUGCACACAUGGCUGAAUGAUUUGCAUAAUUCUAGCUGAAAGUGACAGGCCAGCUCUUAAGUCCGUGUUCAUAACUCUGGGGUUCUCCUGUACUUACCUGUAGGUCAUUAUUUGGUUACUUGUUAAGAGUUUCCCAAGCUGCUAAAGCAGUGAAUGUAUUUAUUAACCUAUUUUGUUAUCUAAAUAACCUAUUUACUUAUUCAUGGAUAAUUUAUGAUGGGUGUAGAAGCUGGGUAUUCUGCUCCAACCUGGGUCCUCAAUAGUACCUCAUAUUAACUGUGGUCAAGAAAACUAUCAUCCUUCUGCAUAGCAAAAGAGUGAUCAUGUAUUGUGCAAGGUCCAUUAUAAUGGUUAUCAAUGGACUGUCAACCUUGGAUGUCAUCACCAUUCAUGGAUAACCAAUGAUGCUAAAUAUCUCACGAACAGAACAAAUGUAGCUACCCUAAAGAAAUGACCUUUCCUCUCCUAUCUGCCAUUUUGCAGGGUGUCUAACCACCCUGCGUCUCCUCCGAUGUUCUCUAACUGAAGGGUAAAGGCAAGAAGAGAAUUAGAUUCAGUCCUAUUUCUCAAUCGUCAGUGCACAGCUAUGAACACAACCUCCUUGAUCUACUGUGGCAAAGUGCACCAAAGCAAGCCUUUUUCAAAGGGCAAUUUUUGUUUGAUGCACUACUGCUACAGAUUCUGUAAAAGAGUUUUAAAAAGCACUUUCAGAGAAGCCUCGCUCUUUUGAAAAGUGUGUUGCAGUGUUUGCGGCUGCCAGUUCGCUCUGAGUCUCCAUCCUGUUAUACUGUACACAACCCGCUUCUCUGGUUGGAGAGAGAUAGAAAGAAGUAUGCAGUGGUCUGGUAAGAGAGGGUCAAUUUUGAAAUGGAAUACUGCCUUGGACAGAGUUAACAUGGGACAGAGAUAACUGAAGAUAACACUGUCAGUAGUGUUAAAAGUCAUUGCGUUGAUGUCUUGUAACUGCAAGGUGUUUUCAUGGAGGAAUACGAAUUCAUAAAUGUUCAUAACUCCUUCACUUGGUCCUCCAAGUUACCUGCCAAAGGUUAUGCAUGUACGGAUGUACAAUAAUUUUCUAAUAAAAAUGA